CAAGUCUUUGCAGAAAAAGUAAAUAGGGACCGUCAAGAAUACAAGACACAGGCUGUGAGUGAGUGCAAGAUGCAGCAGCUGCUGUUGCUGUUGUCAAGCAAAACAGAGCAUUACACUAAUGAAUCAAAUUCAUCAGGAAGAAAGGUGCACACUACCAUGAUCAGGUCGCCGGGUGGUUUGCAGAUCUUAAUUCGUUCUAAUAGGAUUAGUCGUCGCAAGCUGGGAUACACAUGCAGCAUCUCAGCAUGUUACAGCCUUCAUUCCAAAUACUAGGAACACUCUUGUUUGUCUCAGAUUGUGAUUAUUUAUUUAAUCGGCAAGUUAUAUUUCUAGUAAUCUGACAAUUAAUGGGUCGAUGCAUUGUGAAGAAAAGUGAAGAAACAGUUGGGAUUAAUGGGGUUGCUGGAUAAACUGUCAGGCUGGCUCGGCCUGAGGAAGAAGGAAGUCAAUGUUUUAUGUUUGGGACUGGACAACAGUGGUAAAACUACCAUCAUCAACCAGAUGAAACCACUUAAUACACCAGGACAAGAAAUAGUUCCAACAAUUGGCUUCAACAUUGAAAAGUUCAAGAAUUCAAGUCUUUCUUUCACAGUAUUCGACAUGUCUGGCCAAAGUAGAUACAGAAACCUGUGGGAGCACUAUUACAAAGAAAGUCAUGCCAUCAUUUUUGUGAUAGACAGCAGUGACAAACUGAGAAUGGUUGUUGCAAAAGAGGAGUUAGACACUCUUCUCAACCACGCAGAUAUUUGCUGUAAAAAGCUGCCGGUGCUGUUCUUUGCAAAUAAGAUGGAUCUACGAGAUGCCAUGUCAUCUGUCAAGGUCUCUCAGAUGUUGUGUUUGGAGAAUAUCAAAGACAAACCAUGGCACAUCUGCGCUAGCAAUGCUAUCGAGGGAGAAGGCUUACAGGAGGGGAUGGAUUGGCUCCAAGAACAAAUUACACAGUCAUAUCAAAACAAUGACCACCUGAACGAGUGAAUUGCCUAUCAAGACGGACAGAAGGAUUUUCCAGGAGUCUUACCUAUCACGAUUUAUGUUUAUAUUUGUAUAAGCAAACAUUAACUAAUUUCUAUGUAUGAUCUGACAAAUUUAUUUACCUACAUAUUACCCGUUAUGCUAAUUUUUAGUAAAACCUCUCAUAUUAAGUGCUAAUGUUGCAGUACUGUCAUAUGUAGGAUUUUUUUUCUUUUUUCUCUUAAAUACACCAAGGAAUUAUUUAAUUUUUCAUACAUUUUGGCAUAUUUCUUUUUUUUUUCUACACACAUUUUUUCAUGAGAAAAUUUUUUUUUUAAAUCGCAUCAACUUGUUUUCUUGUACAAAGUUAUUUAAUAAGACAACUUUGAAAUCCAAAUUUUCUGCCCCUGAGAGGGUGUCAAACAUAAAAAAAAAUUGUCCAGUAUGAAACUGCUAAACUGAACCCAAGAACAGACUGCAUUACAACCUCACUAACAGAGUGUCAAUGCAAAUAAAUAAAUGUGUCAAUAAAUAUAUAUAUAUUUUUUAAAUAUUAAAUAUUUUGUAAUGCAGCAAAGAAAUACAACCUAAGCAAAAUCUAUGCUUUCUUCCCUUAUUCAAGCAACCCUUCCAGGAUAUUU